AAUAAUAAAAAAAGAUCGAUCGAAAUCUUAUUCAGUGCUUCUCUUUUCCUUAAUUAGCACUUUGGCACAUGCUUGGCCAUUGUUUUGAAGCUUAAAUCUGAAUAGCGUCAAAUGUACACACGCGUGACGUAGUUGCCAAAUGUGUCUGGAUGUAACUCAUGAUGUGUCCAAGUGUUUUGUUGGAGAAAGAGGACACUGUCCUGUGGGGGUCAACAGUGUUUGGAGAUGAUAAUUGGAAUUGAGCUCAUCAUACACAUGCUCACCUCCCAUUAGAACCGCAAUGACCACACAAAGUGUUGGAGAACUGAGGAGGUCAGUGUAUGUGUGUGUGUGUGUGUGUGUGUGUGUUUAGAAAGGGAGGGGAGAUCUGGUCUGAGACAUAAAUUGUGAGGAAGAGGAGGAGGAAGAUUACAGAGAAUGAGUGGCAGUCUCAGAAGCUCACUGAACCGUUGACUUGAGGGAGAGGAGACCAUAUCAGGAUUACCAAGACUAGGACUUCACAGUAGAGGAGAAGAUCCUUCAGGAAAAGACUUGCCAAAAGAUACAAGGUAAUCACAACGUUUUAGUUUGUUUAGUUUUGAUUUUAGGCGUUUGUUCAUCUCAUCAGUCUCUGUUCUCUUCCCUCAGUUAUGGUGCACAUCUGCAGGCUGUUUGUGGUGAUGGGGAUGUUGCUGUGUCUAAGUGCCCAGUUUGCCAGCUCUCAGCACUGGUCUCAUGGCUGGUAUCCUGGAGGAAAGAGAGAGAUAGACGUUUACGAUUCCUCAGAGGUUUCAGAGGAAAUUAAACUCUGUGAGGCAGGAAAAUGCAGCUACCUGAGACCCCAGGGAAGAAACAUUCUGAAGACAAUACUGCUGGAUGCCAUCAUACGGGAUUCCCAAAAGAGAAAAUGACACCAAGAUGACGCAACAGCCUGUGUCCAAAGAAAAAUCAUUUCCAGCAAACACAUUAGGACUGCAUUUCCAUCCAAAUUAUAUAUAUAUAAUUAUUUUGUAA